AAGCCGCUCUGGUUCCAGCAACUUGUGUCUCAACUCGCUUGAAGCCAUGGCAGCCAUGGAGUCCCAUUCCGAGUCCAUCAAUCAAUUGGAGAGUCACUUGAAGAAGGUGAAAGAUCAUGUACAUUUCCUGGAAGAGAAGCUGACUCUGCUAAAGACAGCAGUUGGUCAAGAGAGACCUGAGGAUGUCGCAAAGGUGCUGUCUCAAGAAAACUUGGACACUGCUCGCAAAUUUCAAAAAGACUUGACGCCUGCCACAUGCCCGCCAGGGUCCGACCGUUUAGAGGACUUGAAGAGCGAGGCCGAAAGUGGACAGGAAGAAUGCGAGCAGAAAACCGCAGCAGCAAAAGUGGUGCUGGCAGACUUGGGCGCGAAAGGUAAGAAGAUUGAUGCGGCUGGGUUGGCUUUGACCAUGGAGAACCAUCGGUCCUCCGAGCUUGCAAAGAUGGAAGACAGGACAGGCAAGGUUGCCGAGGUCUCCGGAGAUCACCACCAAGUGAGAAGUGUCGACGAGGUGUUGGAAGCAGAAGGAAUUUCAACCUCGUCGAAAACUUCAAAGAUGGAGAAGUACGAGGAGGUGAAAUCUAAGCGCGAGAAGGACUAUCUCGACACUCUCCAGGAGGUCUUCGAUGGGCCAUUUGCUUUGCCCAUGAAUUUCGACAACAUCAUUGAUGUCCAGGACGAAACCCAGGCAGAACUGAGCCAAAUUGGCGGGAAAGCUGCGCAAGGGAGGGUGGAAGUAGAGAACAUCCAUGAAAACCUCGCGACACACUUGGAGUCUGUGAAUGAGCAGCUAAGAGCUUGCAGAAAAUGGAGAAGGAACUCUCUGGAGAAGGUGCCGACAAUCCGUGCAAAGGCUGAAGAAGAUCUUGACGCAUGGAUGAAGCACAGCGUGGAACUUGUUGAUGAGGUCUCCCUGGUGGAGGAGCUCUGCAUGAGGCAGACAAGUCUGUCUUGCGAGGAGCAGUCUGCCACGGACAAGAUUGGAGAGGCUGCACGUGUGUCUCCAGCAACAGAUGCAGCCCUCGCAGCUUGUUCCGAGAAGGCCAUAGAGUGCACAGAUGAAAUCGCAAGGGCCACCAAGGAGACAGGCACAAGUUUAAAGGAGAAGGCCAUGAGGCCUUUGACUUUGGCGCUGGAGGUAGCCGAGGCUAGUGUUCAUGGCUUGUCACGCGCAGUAGAUCAAAGGGAGAAGCAGAUGCGCACGACGAAGAAGGAGCUGGAGGCAAGCGAAGACAAUUUGAAGCAGAAGAUGAAGGACUUCAAUCGAGGUGCUUGCAGCCAGACCCAACUUGCACAAGCAAAGAGCGAGGUGACGGCCCGAAAGAAAUCUUUGAAGCAGCAGGAGGAAGAACUUCGCAAGGUGCAAGACCGCCAAAUCAAAGCGCAACAUCGAAGCGAUUCAUGCUUUGCAUCGUUGAGCAGAGUGGGGUGCCCUGCUGCCAAGAAUGAGAUUUCCCAGCGUGGCAAGGAGCAGGCCAAGAUUGCUGGCACCUUUGACAUCUUCCCUGUACAGGACACGCCGGUGAGUGCGUCACCAGAGUCCACUGCCCUGUCGAUGCGGAUGUCGCUCCUUGAGGAGCAGCUUGCGAAGAUAGUGGAGGAGAAGGUUUCAGAGAAACUGACAAUUCAGGAGGGCUACCGUCGCUUCGAAAUCGACAGGCUGGAGCAAGACAACCAGGCCUUGCGGGAAGAGCUCAAAGACCUCAAAGCCCUGCGAGCCCUAGAUGAUCGCAGCGAUGCUCGCUCAGAAAUUUCUGCCGGCUGGGAGUUGGCGGAGCAAGAAAGGGAGGAAGGUGCCAGCUCAUCUCUUCCUGCCCUUGAAGAUGGGCCCAGUUCUUGA